AUGUCCAAUUACGAGUACUCUUCCUAUUCAUCAUCAUCGAAUACAGGUGGUGGUGUUCCAGGUUUUGAUGUAGCUAAAGCAAUAUUCAAUCAGGCUGAUGCCAAUCAUGAUGGUACUAUUGAUCGAGGUGAAUUUCAGCAAUGGGCCGGUGCAGCUAACAACGGUUCUGGUAGUACUGGUGCUGCAUCACAAUUUGAUCUUAAUACUGCCGGAGCAGGUGGUAAUUUUGAAUCAUCAAAUGCAUUUGAAACAUCAAGCUAUUCAUCAAAUGGAGCUACUGGUGGAGCUUUUGGUGGUGAUAAUGGAUUUAAUGGUAGUGCUAGUGCAUUCACUGGUGCUACAAAUGGAUUCAAUGGCACAGCUAGUGCUUCAUCAUUUGAACAAGGAGGUUACGGAGCAGCAGGCUCGGCUAUUGAUGCUGGUGCUACUAGCGGAAGCAACUUCCAAGCAUCAUCAUCCACAUUUGAAUCAUCAGGAAGUCAAACUGGUGGUGCUGCUGCUAGUACUGCUGGUGGUGCAGGAUAUGACGCUGCAGCAGUUACUCAAGCUGCUGCUUAUACAAGUGAAACCAAUGCAGCUUGGUCAAAAUAUGGUGCUGAAGUAAGAGGUGCUGGACUUUUCGUUGAUGCUAAUCCACAAAUUAUUCGUCGACCAGCUUCUGGUGGUGUACAAACUUAUACACAAAACAUUAAAGUACGAUUUCUUCAACCACCACCAAUUCCACCACCAGGCCCUCUCAUUAUCAAAGAAGUUCGUCCACCUCAACCACCACCACUUCCACCUCUUCGUAUUAAACAACAAGCUCCACCUCUUCCACAACCUCCUCCACUCAUUCUUCGUGAAAGACCACCACAACCACCAGCUUCACAAGGUUCACAAACUGUUGUUCGUAAACUUCCUGCUCUACCUGUACCACCACGAUCAGUUAUCAUUGAACGUAUUCCAGCUGCACCACCUCGUCCACGUGAUAUUAUCAUUGAACGAUGGAUUCCUUAUGGUGCUUCAGCUAAACGAAAAACUAUUGUUCAACGUGCUGAAGGAGCUAAAGACUAUCCUAAACCACGUAACAUUAUAAUUCAAUAUGAACCCGUUCAAGUUCGUGUUGUUCGACAAUUUCAACGAUUGGGUGUUACUCAAGAAAACCCACAAGCCUAUCUUCAACGUUAUGGUGCGCAAUUACUUGAUGCUCAAACUCUUGUCCAACAAGCUCGCGCCGCCGGUGUUGUUGAAGAUAUUUCACCACCAGCUCAAGCUGGUGCAGCUUCUACUAGUCGAUCAGGAUCAAUUACCCAAGAAUCAGGUUACGGUGCUACUGCUACUGGUGGACGAUCAGGAUCAAUUAGUCAUGAAUCAAACUAUGGUGCUACUAGUGGUACUAAUGUUAUUCGAUCGGGAUCAAUCAGUCAUGAAUCAAAUUAUGGUGCUGCUACAAAUGGUAUCAGAUCAGGAUCAAUUAGUCAUGAAUCAAACUUUGGUCUUACUGGUGAUGUUAAUGGAAGUGAUAUAAAUGGUAUCACUGGUGGUGAAUUAGGUGGUUCUACACAACAAUUCUCUUCCAGUACAUUUGAAGGAUCACAAGUUGGUACAUCUGGCUUCGCCGGUAAUGGUUUCGAAAGUGGUUUAGCUGAAGGAUCCGGUGCUAAUGGUGGUUAUAGUACACAAGGCUUUGAAUCACAAUCAUAUACAUCAGGCAAUGGAGGUGUUAAUGGAUUCGGUGUCGAUACUGGUAUCAGUGGUACUAAUGGAUUCAAUGUUGAUGCCGGUCUCAGCGGUGCAGAUGGUGGUUAUGCUUCAUCAACAUAUGAAUCAUCGAGCUUCUCAUCAGGUGGAGGAGCUGGUGUUCCUGGUUUUGAUGUUGCUGCUGCUACAUUCAAUAAUGCUGAUAAAAAUAAAGAUGGUGGCGUUGAUGCCAACGAAUUCAAACAAUUUUAUCAAGGUGGUUUAUAA